AUGGUCCCAUUACACGAAGAUAUCUUCGCGUCUUAUGACCGUGAUCCCGAACCCGAGCCCAGGCCUUUCGAAGAAGCUUUUGAUUCUUCCUGCACACCAGUAGUAAGACAGUGUACUAAUCGCCAGAAACUCGGUAGGCGCUGUUUCUGGUGCCGUUUGAAGCUUGCAUCAGGGGGAGAGACUAAGGAAUGUACCAAGUCAGUACUUGAACUCGUUGUUACUUCUCAAGGUGCUCAGAGAAACAACGAAUCUGAUGAUACUAUCCUGGAGCCAAUCCCAAAACCUGCCAAAGCCAGAAAUGAAAUGAUACGGCCACAAAAAGUUGCACAGAAUGGAGAAACUCCGAGUGCCAUCCCAUGGUCUAGUUUCAAUUCUCAACUACAAGAUUGCUCACAGACUACCCCCAAGAAUAGAACCGAGAGCUUUCAUACUUCUUCCCACGAGACAUACUUUUACGAUGGUGCAAUAACGAGCAACACUCAACACUACGAAAGCAAUGUUUCAUCCCGUGGUGCCAACAUCCAGUCUAGGGCGAACGAUGUCUACUCCAAACUAACUUGUUACUUGCAUAACCAUCGUUCUUCUCAGAUGAAGGAACUAGCUCCUGGACCUCCAUGCUAUCAUCGAUCGGACGCAGAGAUUGAGGUAGUCAAGAUAGACAAAAACUGGCACCUCACUUCGACAAAGUGUCACGUUAAGAAACACGACAACGGCGGCAUUACGCAUGAUCAUGAACACCGACAUUGGGCAGAGCCCUUUGGGGAACUCACUCAUUGCAAUAGUUGCAGGUCCCUCGAGGAAGAGAAGGCCAACAUUCCUGAGCAUAUCAAGUUUUAA